CGCUCCGCGCCCCCGGCACGAUGGUUCCGCGGGGGGCGGUGACAGCGCGGGGGCAGCACGUCCCCUUUAAGAGCGGCGCCGCCAUGAUCUGCCUGGUGCUGGGGCUCUUCGCCGGCCUCUUCCACACUGCCUUCAGCGGGGUCAAUGAACGAACCUUCGUGGCCAUCAAACCGGACGGGGUCCAGCGGCGCCUGGUCGGGGAGAUCAUCCGGCGCUUCGAGAGGAAGGGGCUGCAGCUGGUGGGGAUGAAGCUGCUGCAGGCCUCGGAGGAGCUGCUGAAGGAACACUACAUCUCCCUCCGGGACCGUCCCUUCUACAGCCGCCUGGUGAAGUACAUGAGCUCCGGGCCCAUCGUGGCCAUGGUCUGGCAGGGCCUGGAUGUGGUGAAGACAGUUCGCACCAUGAUUGGGGAGACCAACCCAGCUGAAUCCAGGCCUGGCACCAUCCGAGGAGACUUCUGUGUUGAAGUUGGCAAGAACGUGAUCCACGGCAGUGACUCGGUGGAGAGUGCCCAGCGGGAGAUCUCGCUCUGGUUCCGCCCCGAGGAGCUGCCCUGCUGGGAGGACACAGCUGCACGCUGGAUCUACGAGUGAGGAGCAGUCCCAGGGGAAGGUCACCUUCCUGCUGGGACACAGGACAUUUCCAUCCAUGUCAUGGCAGCUGCUGGGGCUGGCUGCAGAUCCUCUGUGGGAUUCCUCUUCUGCCUGUGGGAUCCUGGGAGCUGGGCUGUGUGUGGAACUCUGUGGUUCAGCUCCUACCAAGGGGAGCUGUUUCUUUUUUUUUUUUCUCUCUGCUCUAGUAAGUAGUUGGUACUGUUUCUCUGUUUGCUGCAGCAUCUUAAAUCCCAAGGAGCUCAAGCUGAUUCACUGAAGUAAAACUUGGGCUCUUGGCCCAUUCUGGGUGUUCUCAUCCCUGCCUGGAGCAGGAGAAUGUAUUUUCCUUGCUGCUGGGAGAGGUGCUGGUCACAAGGUGAUGGGCUUGGCAAUUUACCUGCAUUUCUAGAAGGCUUUUCAUUAAAGGCUUUUAAAGAGUUGGGCUGCUGUAGGAUAAGGGAGCAAAUUCUCAUUCUGGAGUUCAUUCCAAGACAAGGAAUGAAGGAUAGGACAACUCUUUCUCCCUUGGUGUGCUGGUGCUGGCACAAGCUCACCCAGAUUCAGAUGUGAUGAGUGAGUCCAUGGAAGGAAGGUUCUCCAAAUGCUGUUAAACGCACAAUUCCUCAGGCUCUGCUUCCUGGGCUGUGGCUGCUGGGAGUGAGAAGCUCCUCCAGGUCUGCUCUGCUUCUCUGGGGCUGCACAGCCCUGACCCAGCCUGACACCAGACUGUCCCUCCAUGGUCACUGAUGUGAAGCAGCAGCACUGGGGCAGCCACAGGAAUAGAGCUGUUGGCACCAAG